AUUACCAGUGCUUUAUGCUUGCAAUCAAUGUUUUUUAUAGAUUUUAUAUUCUGGAAUUAUACUUUUUUAUUAGCUUAGUUCAGCUUUAGUCGAAUUAAGUGUUCACAUUCGAUGUAAAAUAGUACUUUUGAACUUAAAUCUAAUUGUUCAAUUUAUUAUAUGGACUAAAAUCAGUCUUUAAAUUGUUUUUCCCCUCAGAAAUUCGAAAGAUAAAUAUUCAUACUGUGAGAUACAGUUUAUGUAGAAAAUAAAAUGAUGCAUUUUUCAUGCUGUUUUCGAGCAUUUAAAAUAAAUUUUCCACGGCUUAAGUAAAGUCGUUUUCCCCAUUAAACUUAUUUAUUUGUACAAUUGAAACUGCCACAAGAUGUUCUACCUUCUAGCACCCUUUUUAAUAGUCCUUAUUAGCCGGAAGGCGUUAGCCACGGAUUACUGCAACAAAGAUUUGUGCCAGCCCGAGAUAUCGCAUAUUGCUUGUCAAAACUAUGGGGAUUUUGACGAAAGCUGUGGCAGUGGAGCGGUUAUUAUGAAGUUCCCAAUGCAUCUGCGUUCCCAGUUGGUGGGAAUCCUGAAUGAUUUCCGAAAUACAGUGGCCUUGGGAAGGUUUUCCUCCUUUCGUCCGGCUGCCCGGAUGGCGACGCUCCGGUGGCACGAUGAGCUGGCCGGAUUGGCCAAGUUUGCCCUGAGGCGUUGCGAAAACAUGGACGAUUACUGCAGCAACACGGAUGAGUUCAAAUACGUGUCCUAUAUCUUCGGCAGCAGCAGGUGGCUGCAUCAGGAGAAGACUCCCCGAUCCAUUGUGGAGUUUGUGCUGCAAUUUUGGAUGGAUGAUAUUCGGGCUUGCUCCAUGAGUCACAUCAAUGCCGAGCGACCGCCCAAAGAUGGCCAAUGUCGUGGCUACUUUACGCAAUUGGUCCAAGAUCUGGCCUCACACGUCGGAUGUGCCAUGAUGAUGAGACGGAGUCACAGCGGCGGAUUGUAUCAGUACGGACUGCUGUGUCACUUUUCCCGCGGAAAAAUCGCCAACGAGCUGGUCUACCGGGAGAGUGUGCAUCCGGGUAGUCGGUGCCAUUCGGGAACCCACUCCAUAUAUCAGGGUCUCUGUUCGCUCGACGAGCAUAUCAAUCCCAAUGCCCUGCAAUUAGGCGCCCUCAAUUGA